AUGGGGCUCUGCUACAGCCUGCGCCCGCGGCUCUUCGGCGAGCCCGGCACAGCAGGCGGCGGCGGCGGCGGGGGGUCCCUCUCCAGCGCCAGCGCCAGCGCCGCAGAGACCGAGGCACAGCCGCCGCCGCCGCCGCCCGCGGCGGAGUCCUCGGCCCGAGCGCACCCGCCGCCGCCGCCGCCCUGUGCCCAGGCCGGAGCAGCGAAAGGAAGAAGCACGGGCAAAGGCGGCGGCGGCGGCGGCGGCGGCGAGGCGGAGGGCUGCAGCGCAAAGCCGCGUGCGGGGGAGCCGGACGGGCCGCUGCUGCUCCUGCAGAACGGAGGGGGCACCGGGGCGGCUCCCCGGGAGAGCGCGGCGAGGGAGCCGCCGGCCAAGCCGCAGCCUCUGGCGCUGCAGAGACCCUGGGAAAAGGCGCGCCUGGAGGAGCGGGAGGCGGAGAAGGAGGCGAGGCGGGUCAGCAAGAGCAUCGACCGGGCGCUCAAGGAGCAGAAGCGGGAGUACAAGCAGACGCACCGCCUGCUGCUGCUGGGGGCUGGUGAGUCAGGAAAAAGCACUAUUGUCAAGCAAAUGAGGAUCUUGCAUGUAAAUGGAUUUAAUUCAGAAGAAAAAAAACAGAAAAUUCUGGAUAUUCGGAAAAAUGUAAAAGAUGCAAUUGUGACUAUAGUUUCAGCAAUGAGCACUUUAAUACCUCCAGUACCAUUGGCCAAUCAAGAAAACCAGUUCCGAGCAGACUACAUCAAAAGUAUAGCCCCACUUUCUGACUUCGACUAUACACAGGAAUUCUUUGAACACGCAAAAAAGCUCUGGGACGAUGAAGGAGUAAAGGCGUGCUUCGAGAGAUCGAAUGAAUACCAGUUGAUUGAUUGUGCACAAUACUUUCUAGAAAGAAUAGACAGUGUCAGUAUGCCCGAUUACACACCCACAGAUCAGGAUCUCUUAAGAUGCAGGGUAUUGACAUCUGGGAUUUUUGAGACAAGAUUCCAAGUAGAUAAAGUAAACUUUCACAUGUUUGAUGUAGGUGGUCAGAGAGAUGAAAGAAGAAAAUGGAUCCAGUGUUUUAAUGAUGUCACAGCUAUUAUCUUCGUUGUGGCCUGUAGCAGUUACAAUAUGGUCAUACGGGAAGACAACAACACAAACAGAUUACGGGAAUCCCUGGACCUCUUCAAAAGUAUCUGGAACAAUAGGUGGUUACGGACAAUUUCUAUCAUUUUGUUCUUGAACAAACAAGACAUGCUGGCUGAAAAGGUUUUGGCAGGGAAGUCUAAAAUUGAAGAUUAUUUUCCUGAAUUUGCACGUUAUACUGUACCUGAAGAUGCAACACCAGAUGCUGGAGAAGACCCCAAAGUUACAAGAGCAAAGUUUUUUAUCCGGGAUGAAUUUUUAAGAAUAAGCACAGCAACAGGAGACGGAAAGCAUUAUUGCUACCCACACUUUACAUGUGCAGUUGACACAGAAAACAUCCGUAGAGUCUUCAACGACUGUAGAGACAUCAUUCAGAGAAUGCAUCUUCGCCAGUAUGAACUAUUGUAAUAUGGAACA